AUCAUUCCAAAUAGCUGGAUUACCAAUCAAAAAGGUGCUGCAGCUAAAAACAGCUUGGGUGGAAAGGGGCUGAAGAGGGGAUGGGUCAGAAUGUCAGCUGUUCCCAAGCUAACUCUCCAAGCCAUGACCCGACACCCACCCAGACCUCCAUCUCACCCCACCUCCCCGGUCUCCAGGGGGCGACGCCACUGGCGCCAUCCCACUGCGCAGGCGCCACCGCUUGGCCCGCAUGCGCAAUUGUCUCGUGCGGCCUGAGGAAAUUUCCUCUUACACGCCCACUGCGGCAGGCUCCAGUUCCUCCUCCUCCUUUCUCCACUUUACUAGUCCCUUCAGGCCUGUGUAAAGAUCCACAUAAUCAUGGAAGUUCUGCGUCCACAGCUUAUAAAAAUUGGUGGACGGGUUUAUAGGAAGAAUCCCAUCCAAGAACAGACUUACCAACAUGAAGAAGAAGAUGAUGACUAUUACCAAGGCCUCAUGGAGUGUGCAGAAGAGCCCUGUGAAACCUACGAGGUGAUGCAGACCCCACAAGGUUUCCGAUGUACCGUGAAGGCCCCCAGCCUCCUCUACAAGCAUAUUGUUGGAAAGAGAGGGGACACUAGAAAGAAACUAGAAGUGGAGACCAAAACUUCUAUUAGCAUUCCUAAGCCUGGACAAGAAGGAGAAAUUGUAAUCACUGGCCAGCAUCGAAGUGGUGUAAUUUCAGCCCGAACUCGGAUUGAUGUUCUUCUGCUCACUUUUAGAAGAAAGCAGCCCUUCACUCACUUCCUUGCCUUUUUCCUCAAUGAAGCUGAAGUUCAGGAGCGAUUUCUGAAAUUCCAGGAGGAAGUCCUGGAGAAGUGCUCCAUGGAUCAUGGGGUUGAUAGCAGCAUUUUCCAGAACCCUAAAAAGCUUCACCUAACUAUUGGGAUGUUGGUGCUUUUGAGUGAGCAAGAGAUCCAGCAGACGUGUGAGAUGCUACAGCAGUGUAAAGAGGAAUUCAUUGAUGACAUUUCAGGGGGCAAACCCCUGGAAGUAGAGAUGGCAGGGAUAGAAUACAUGAAUGAUGAUCCUGGCAUGGUGGAUGUUCUUUAUGCCAAAGUCCAUAUGAAAGAUGGCUCCAACAGGCUGCAGGAAUUGGUUGAUCGAGUGCUGGAACGUUUUCAGGCGUCUGGACUAAUAGUGAAAGAGUGGAAUAGUGUGAAACUCCAUGCUACAGUCAUGAAUACUCUUUUCAGGAAAGACCCCAAUGCUGAAGGCAGGUACAAUCUCUACACAGCGGAUGGCAAAUAUAUCUUCAAGGAAAGAGAAUCAUUCGAUGGCCGAAACAUUUUAAAGCUAUUUGAGAACUUCUCCUUUGGUACCCUAAAGCUCAAUUCAAUUCACAUCUCUCAGAGGUUCACAGUGGACAGCUUUGGAAACUAUGCCUCCUGUGGACAGAUUAACUUCUCCUGAGGUGGAUCUUGGGAAGCACUGAAGUUAAACAUCCUCACAAGUUGACUGACUCCACAGAUGUGGGAUCCAUGGAUGUGUUGAGGGCAGAUUGUACCGCAUUUUGUUUAUCCAGUCUUUCAUCGAUGGACACCUGGGUUCCUUCCACCUUUUGGCUGUUGUGAAUAAUGCCCUAUGAAUGUGGGUGUACAAAUAUCUGAGACCCUGCUUUCAGUUCCUUUAUUAUUUAGAACUUUAACUUAAGCAAAAUAGCUGGUAAAGGUGUUAACCUCUUACUUUGAUCUGUCCUUUUUCUUCUGAAGUUGGUCCCUUUUAUGCUUCUUCAGUUCCUGUUCCUUCACCCUACCCUAACCCUUGCCUUUCCGUACCACUGAUGGAGCUGCAGUAUUGUGGCUCUUUUCUGUCUACUUCCCAGGGCAGCAGCAAGUGAAACAAUGAUAUCAGCAGGACUGCGCAGUUUCUCAGGAGAAUGUCAGCCACAGAAGGCACUCCUUUGCUGCAGACCAGCAGAGGGUGGGGGUUCCUCUGCUUAGCCCCACCUGUCAGCCCUGCCACAUUCUCUGCUAGGGAGCUCCAGCCUCACUGUCACCUCUCAUCCUUGCCCCCUCACAGCUUUCCUCCCUCCAUGGCCUCUGUCUUUCCUUCGCUACUUAGUCUCAUCCUGAUUAUUAUUUUCUGUUUGAGAAGUCUGAUGCUGAGCCCCAUGUGUUAAUAAGGCCACUAACUGGUAAGACUGUAUGUAACACUCAGAUUUGUUAAAUCAUUUGUGAAUAAAUGGAUUUCUAAAGUGACUGUGAAAAAAAAAAUAAAGUGACUGUGUUUUUCUUCUGA